AUGGGUAUCUUAGCACAACAUAUCAUGCAUCCGUCAAAGGAUUUCUGGAUGUUGCUUUUUCUAAUGAAGCAACCGUUGAUGGGGAUUAUAUUAGAUGUCCUUGUUUUAAAUGCAAGAACUUGGUGGGCACAUGGUGAAAGAAAUACGAUAUCUCAGCAUGAGGAAGAAUCUUCUAAUCCGAUGCAGGAUCCGAUGGAAGAUGAUGAUGAUGAUGAUGAUGAUGUUAAUGGGUGUACACAAAUGUUGAUGGAUGUAAUGGAGGAACGCCCGAAUCCAACUGCCAAGGGGUUCUAUGAUAUGUUGGAAGACGCUGAUGAACCUUUGUGGGAUGGAUGUGAAAAUUAUUCAAAAUUACAAGUUGCAACAGAGUUGUUGCAUUGGAAGCCAGAAUACAAUAUAUCUGAGGCUGCUUAUGAUCACAUACUUCCUAUAAUUAAGCGGAUGCUACCCAAAGGUGAGAAGCUAGUUGAGAACUUCUAUGAGACGAAGAAGCUUUUGAAAAUAGUUAGACUCCCAGAAAAAAAAGAUCCAUGCUUGCAAAAACCAUUGCAUGAUAUUCUAUGGGCAGAUUCGGAUUUGACUAAGUGUCGAGUGUGUGAUCAUGAUCGGUACAAGAGUGGCAGACUGCCAUAUCUGGUUAUGAGGUACUUGCCGAUUGCUCCUAGACUCCAAAGGUUGUAUUUGACAAAAAAGACGGCAAAGCAAAUGACAAGGCACUAUGAACAUCAAACAGAACUGGGUUUGAUGGUCCAUCCAAGUGAUGGUGAGGCUUGGAAGCAUUUCGACUUAAUGCAUCAAGAAUUUUCAAGUGAACCACGUAAUGUUCGCCUUGGGCUAUGCACCGAUGGGUUCAGUCCAAAUAACUCAAAUACAACCCCGUAUUCAUGUUGGCCUGUUUUCCUUUCAAUUUAUAACUUGCCUCCUUGGAUGUGCUUAAAAGAACCAUAUGUUCAGUUAAGCAUAGUUAUUCCUGGAAAAAAGAGCCCAGGUCAAAAUAUAGAUGUGUUUCUCAGGCCACUAAUUGACGAGUUAAAGAUGAUAUAUACAGACGGUGUUGUCACUUAUGAUGCUUCGACUAAAUGCAAUUUCACAAUGAAAGCUAUACUUCUUUGGACAGUUAGUGACUUUCCAGCUUAUGCAAUGUUAUCGGGAUGGAGCACACAUGGCAAGUUAGCAUGUUCGUAUUGUAUGGGCAAACCUUUUAGAGCGAAGAAUGCAAAAUUGCCUGGUUUUGGGAUUACUCAUAAUUGGGUUAAGAGGAGCAUGUUUUGGGAGCUACCAUUUUGGCGGAAGUUGUUAAUACGACAUAACCUUGAUCCCAUGCACAUUGAGACAAAUGUUUUUGAAAAUCUUUUCAACACCGUGAUGGACACUCCGAAAAGCAAAGACAACAUGAAUGCAAGAAAAGAUAUAGAAAUGUAUUGCAAUCGAGUGCAAUGGCAUACAUGGAAGAAUGGAAAUAAGGAUAUGAAAAAGAGAUCAUCGUUUGCUUUGAGCAAAGAACAAGUAGCUAAAAUAUGCCAAUGGUUGAUUAAACUUAAAUUCCCGGACGGAUACGCCUCAAACUUGGGGGGGGGGGGAGGGGGGUGCGUUAAUGUAGAUGAUAAUAGCUUUUACAAAUUCAAGAGUCACGAGUGCCAUGUAUUUCUUCAAAGAUUGUUGCCUAUUUCUCUAAGAGGUAUGGUGCCAAAUUCAACAUGGGAUGCAAUUACAGAGUUGUGUACAUUCUUUCGUGUAAUAUGUUCAAGGAUGUUACGCGUAGAUGACUUACAACGCUUGCAAACUACUAUUGUUGAAACCAUUUGCAAGUUGGAAAAAAUAUUUCCACCUAGAUUCUUUGAUUCAAUGGAGCAUCUUGUUAUCCACUUAGCUCAAGAAGCUAUGCUUGGUGGUCCGGUUCAAUAUAGGUGGAUGUAUCUUUAUGAAAGGAAGUUGGGAUCAAUGAAAAGAAAGAUAAAAAACCAUGCGAAGGUUGAGGGGUCCAUUGUUGAGGCUUACAUGAUUGGAGAAAUAUCGACUUUUUGCUCACAAUACUUUUUGCCUACAAUUGAAACCCGGUUGAAUCGUGAGUCGCGUAAUUUUGCCCCAGACAUUCCUAGUUAUACCAUGGUCAAUCUCGAUUAA